GGUAUAUAAACGGAGCGCAGGUCAGGGCCAUGGACAAUCUGCUGUUGGUCACUGCUUGGCGGACAACAAAGCGACAACUAGCGUUUACAAUCAGCAACUUCUUGAGUUAGAAAGGCUGUAUAUCGUUUCUCCCUCUGUCAGAUCGAAUACCAAAAACCAGCGGCGAUGAACAGCCAUUGUAACGGGACCGGGAAGCAGCUGGUGACAGAUUUCUACUAUAAUAACGGUUUCAGUGAGUUGAGCCUCGAGACCAAGAAGACCACCGUACAGCAGCGGAAACAGCAUGAGAUGUCCGGUAAAGAUGCUGAGGAUGAGUCCCGGUUACCGGCACUUGAAGCAGCGUACAGCAGCAUCUUGCGGGGUCUCGGGGAGGACACGGACCGGCAGGGGCUCCUGAGGACGCCUCUAAGAGCGGCCAAGGCAAUGCAGUUCCUUACCAAGGGAUACCACGAGGACGUGUACGACAUCCUGAAUGAUGCCAUAUUUGACGAGGACCAUGACGAGAUAGUGAUAGUAAAAGACAUUGAAAUGUUCUCUCUUUGUGAACACCACCUUGUACCCUUUUUUGGCAGGGUACAUAUCGGAUACCUGCCAAAUAAGAAGGUGGUCGGGCUUAGCAAACUGGCUAGGAUUGUUGAGAUGUACAGUCGGAGGCUCCAAGUCCAGGAGCGUCUGACCAAGCAGAUUGCCAUGGCGAUAUCAGAAGCUCUACAGCCAGCUGGUGUGGCUGUGGUUAUAGAGGCAGCGCAUAUGUGUAUGGUGAUGCGUGGGGUUCAGAAGAUGAACAGUCGAACUGUGACCAGCUGCAUGUUGGGGGUGUUCAGAGAAGAUCCAAAGACUCGAGAAGAGUUCCUACGACUCACCAAGACUGCUUAGCAACCAUCUCUGACCCCUGACCUCUAGCCCCUGCCCUGACCCUGUAAAGCACAUGUUCUAGGGUAGAGUUCCUAAGACUACUCCACACACCUCACAGAAGCCUUAUAUACACAAAAGGCAAUGCAGGCUAUAAUUAUGAGGCUAUAAUUAUGGUGCAUUCAGCUAACCUCAGCUAGAAAACCUGACAGUCUUAAAACAUGAUCUCUACUGUAUAGAAAGGUAUAUAUAUAUACACUAGUUACAAGCACUAGAUAUGACUAGUUAAGACUGAGAUUUAUUGUGAUACUGUGAGCAGGAAAGUGCCCUACCUCUUACCUUUUUUAAUGCAACUCAUGAACCAGGUUUCCACUCAACAUUUUUAUGUGAGUAAAGUACAUGUCGGAUAAAAAAUGUCACAACAGACCUGAUGGAAAUAGCAAAUUUGUCGGUAAACUUUCCAAAUGUCGACAAAACAAAAUACGCUAGACAAGGUGGGGUCUUUUUGUGGCUGUAAAAAUAGUUAUGUGAGGAGUUGCGGUGGGAAAUGCCUUUAUGUGCAAAUAUUGAUAGAAUAACCAUAUUAUCUAAAGUACAUUUGGAGACACGCAAUAUGUUGUGUGGUACUCCCACUACGUCUCAGGAAAUCAUGCAGUUUAUUAGGCUAUAGAUAAAAUAAGUAAUGGAAUUCACUCCUUUAUAUUAAAUAUCAAGUCUUAUUCUUGUGAUAUGACCAGAGUGGGCACAUACCGGAUAUAAUCUAGCAGUUUUGUGACAAGCAUCAGUAGAGUUGAAAAUGCAAUGUAAACCCAUUUAACUUGUAUUUUUUUUACUUGUAUAUUUAACCGCAAGUUAUUUUUAUGUGCACUACGUCAUCAUGCACAGCCUUUUAUCCGCAGCAAGUACAUUUGAUGGAAAUACAUCUCUGGUGGGAAAAUGUGCAUAUUGUUUAUAUGCAGAUUUUUGAAUAUUCACAUGAAAAUCUGUCACACCGAUUGGGUGGAACCUAGUUACUGUCAUCAAGUUGCACUUUUUUAGGACCUCUUAUUUUACCUACAGAAUGUAGAAACAAGCCGUUUUCACAUAUGUAGACACUGGUAUGGUGCUGGAGAUUUGUAUUUUUUUAUUUACUUAACCUUUCUUUUGACAGGCAGUCAAUGUUAAGACAGAGGUUUCUUUUCCAGAUGAGCCCUGUGUAGCACAACAAUACACAUUAAACUACAAAACAAUUAAAUACAUGUUAUUAUACACAAAAAGAAAAACACAAUCAUAAAAAAACAGACAUUCUAUAGUAAAAUGGUUCCGGAACAACCAUCUGAAAUGCUCUAGAGGUAUCAAUUCCUCCAAGUUUGAAGUGAAUUGUAUGUAGAUCAUUCCACAUUUAAGGUGCAAGGAAAUUAAAGGCUGAUUUACCUAACUCUAAAAGCCAAAAGAAUCUCCAGAGUUAACCAACCCUGUGAAUGGGUUUGAUAACCUUUCAUUUAUAAACAUAAUGACUGAGGUUGAAAAGGGACAAUCUGCACUCACAACAUACAUUUUUGGACUUGUAAAAUUAAUUAUUUUUACCCCUUGAUUCUUGAGAAAUAUAACUUAUAUGCCUAAUGAGCUUAGUUCAACUGUUACACCCAAUCAGAACCCAACAUAUAUGCUUGUUUUACUUGAAUGUUUGUAAAUAUAAACAAACACUGUAUAGUCUCAAAACAACCUCUUCAGGAUCUGCCCCUUUUUUUCAAUUUUCACCUUAAAUGACAUAACCAAAUCUACCUGCCUGUAGCUCAGGCCCUGAAGCAAGGAAAUGCAUAUUCCUGGUACCAUUUGAAAGGAAACACUUUGAAGUUUGUGGAAAUGUGAAAAGAAUGUAGGACAAUAACACAUUAGAUCUAGUAAAAGAACAUGCAAGAGAAAGGCCAUAGUGUAUUAUUCCAGCACAGGUGCAAUUUAGAUUUUCUUUCCCACUAGAUGGCAGCAGUGUAUGUGCAAAGUUUUAGACUGAUCCAAUGAACCAUUGUAUUUCUGUUCAAACUUUUGUGUCAAGAUUGUCCAAAUGUGCCUAAUUUGUUUAUUAAUAACUUUUCAUGUUCAAAACUGUGCACUCUCAAACAAUAGCAUGGUAUUAUUUCACUGUAAUAGCUACUGUAAAUUGGACAGUACAGUUAGAUUAACAAGAAUUUAAGAUUUUUGCCAAUAUCAGAUAUGUCUAUGUCCUGUGAAAUGUUCUGGUUACUGACAACCCCAUGCUAAUCGCAAUAGCCUAUGUUAGCUCAACCGUCCCGCAGGGGACCCACCAAUCCUGAAGAUUUAUUUUAAAACUAUAAUUGUGAUAUCGUGGAUGGUCAGUCCUUGCAUACAUAGCUCGGUCUAUACAUUUUUAGAGCGGUUUGAUUUAUCCAGCCCCAUCCCUCAUCUUUUUACCGAAAGUUAUUUUUCCAACAGCAGAUUAGCCUGUUAAGACUCCGUGUUUCAUCUGUAUGUAAAAUAAAGGAAAAUAUCUGUAACCAACAUUUGAAAAAAAGUGUAUUUCAGCACUGGUCAGCAAAAGCAUCUCUACAGUUUAUAAGCCAGCACGUGUUCUAGAUCUAUAUUUCCUAGUAUGUGUCUUACUCUGUCUAUGUUGCCAUUUGUUUUCAUGAAUCAUCAUUAUGUUGUGUGUUCUCUCAAUUAAACUAGAUCACCACAAUA